GUUUUUGAGGCAGCACCACCAAUUCUUUUCUCUUUUCUUUCUUUCGGGAAGAAGCGUUCUAUCAAUCUUAGCAGUCGAUACUAAAGGCCAGAGCUUGCUUAUCGACUCAACUCGCCUUCGACCUCACAUUUUCAUUCUCCUCGUCAUAUACUCUUUUAUCUGCCAGUCAUGUCUGCCUUGGUCCUUGACUACACCACAGCCCUCGAGGUGCUGAAGGAGUACAAGCAGAAGGAUGGUCUCGACAUCCACGAGCUUAUGGACACAACCAAGCACGGCGGUCUUACCUAUAAUGACUUCCUGCUUCUGCCCGGCUACAUUGGCUUCGCUGCCUCUGAGGUCACCCUCGAUGCGCCCAUCACUAAGCGCAUUACUCUCAAGACCCCCUUCGUCUCGUCUCCCAUGGACACUGUCACGGAGCACGAGAUGGCUAUCCACAUGGCUCUCCAGGGUGGUCUUGGUGUUAUUCAUCACAACUGCUCUCCUGAGGCCCAGGCCGAUAUGGUCCGCAAGGUCAAGCGAUACGAGAACGGGUUCAUCCUCGACCCUAUCGUCAUUGAUCGCAACACCACUGUUGGUGAGGCUAAAGCUCUGAAGGAGAAGUGGGGUUUCGGUGGUUUCCCAGUCACUGCCGAUGGCAAGCUUGGUUCCAAGCUGCUUGGUAUUGUUACCAACCGAGACCUACAGUUCGAGGAGGAUCUUGACCAGCCUGUAUCCAAUGUCAUGGUUACUGACCUUGUCACUGCUCCCGAGCACGUCACUCUCCUCGAAGCCAACAAAAGUCUUUCCAAGUCCAAGAAGGGCAAGCUGCCCAUUGUCGACAAGGAUUUCAACCUGGUCUCUAUGAUCUCUCGCUCCGAUUUGACCAAGAACCAGCACUUCCCCAAUGCCUCCAAGCUUCCCGACAGCAAACAGCUCCUUUGCGCUGCUGCCAUUGGUACUCGCCCCGAGGACAAGCUUCGCCUCAAGAAGCUGGUUGACGCUGGUCUUGACAUCGUUAUCCUUGACAGCUCUCAGGGUAACAGCAUGUACCAGAUUGAGAUGAUCAAGUGGGUGAAGAGUGAGUUCCCUGGUGUCGAUGUCAUUGGCGGAAACGUCGUGACUCGAGAGCAGGCUGCGUCUCUGAUCGCUGCUGGUGUCGACGGUCUCCGAAUCGGUAUGGGCAGUGGCUCCGCCUGUAUUACACAGGAGGUUAUGGCUGUCGGCCGUCCUCAAGCCGCCGCUGUCUACAGCGUCAGCCGCUUCGCUGCCCGCUUCGGUGUUCCUUGUAUCGCCGAUGGUGGUAUCCAGAACGUUGGCCACAUCGUCAAGGGCCUUGCUCUGGGUGCUUCUACCAUCAUGAUGGGUGGUCUCUUGGCUGGUACCACUGAGUCUCCCGGUACUUCUUUCGUCUCCCGCGAGGGUAAGCUCGUUAAGGCUUACCGAGGUAUGGGAAGUAUCGAUGCUAUGCAGGACAAGAAGGCCGGUAACGGUGGUAAGGACAGCCAGAAGAGCAAUGCUGGUACUGCCCGUUACUUUUCUGAGGGUGAUAGCGUCCUGGUUGCUCAGGGUGUCUCUGGCGCUGUUGCUCACCGAGGGUAAGUCAUAAUCCGAAGCAGAAUGUAAACGUGAAUGCUAACAUACAAUAGUUCGAUCAACAAGUUUGUCCCCUAUCUUGCUGCUGGACUCAAGCACUCUCUCCAGGACAGUGGUAUGACCAGCCUUAAGACUAUGCACGAGAGUGCCGAGGCCGGUGAGCUGCGCUUCGAGCUUCGAACAGCCAGCGCCCAGUUGGAGGGCAACGUCAACAUGGAGUCAUAUGAGAAGAAGCUUUAUGCGUAAUGAUAUAUGUUUGGAAAAAAUGAUGGGACGAUGGAAAGGGAUACGGAAAAAGGGACUGGUUUGUUUAUAUGCAUUCAAUUGCAUUGGGGAAUUGGGCACAAGAUUCAGAAGGGUUUGAUUUGGGUUGAGGGUAAAGAGCCUCUGUGACCGUAGAUCUGAAUAGGCGUUUGUCCAACCACUAUAGAGGUGCGGCGUGGGCGUUUUGCUGUCAGUCUGAAAAAAACGACAAGGACAGAGGUCAUGAAUGAUAUUUUUAUUGAUACCCCAGGGAUACUGAAGUGCUGCCGGUCUGUCCGAGUUGUGAUGCGUCCUGCGAGGAUCAUAGGAGACAUUAACGCCAGCACCAGUCCAUAAAUG